CUGACACGUCUGAGUCACAAGUCUAUGGCAUUCCGAGCGACGACCGCGCGAGAGCGACUGCGAGUACUCGCGUUCCCACAAAUCGCGGACGUGUAUUUCACAUCGUCGACCGGGCCAACCGAAGUUUAUUCCGCAAAAAUCGAAUUCGAACAAUCCGCACAUAUCAAUCGCAAGACACAUAAUCACUAACACAAACGGCAUAAAGAUAAUUUGAUUAACAAAGUCAAAAUUAGUUGAUAUUAUCAGUGAAAUUGAUCUUUUAAUACAAUGUAUGAGUGCGUAUGGUCAGUUAUUGAUGCUGAGUGAUGUUCAUACUGUUCAGUGUUCGUUUAAGUGACAAAGCGUCGACCGUCGGGGGCUAUUAUCCUAAUCGAGAUUGCGUCGGGCCGGGAGCGCUCCGGGCCUUAGUCGCUGGGGUACUCUAAAGCAGUAACUACGGAGUCGCCACUUCUCCUCCGCACCAUUUACUGCCAGGAUUGCGAUUUGAAAAUGGUGCAGCAGGAUUUGACCUAGGCCUGCUAUGGCUCGGGCGGGCUCAUGCGCGUGAGCCCCGGGCAGCCAGGACUGUGUAGUGUUGUGUUGUGUAGUGAUGCCCGCCAUGUUGUCGGCCGUGCUGGAAGAGGAGGCCGACAUGUACGAGGCGUUCCCGCCGCAUGUCGACCCCACCGGAAUUACUAUACUCACCGAUAGCCCACCAGGGAAGAAAGCGCCGCUCAAAACCUUCGAGGAGGUCCAACCGCUGUUACAACAGUCGAGGAAACGGGAGCUCAAGCUCGUCAUCAGGGAGAACUCCUGGCCUAUAAAUAGCCCGGUGCGGGCGUUGCUGUGGCCGGCGUUGUGCCGGCAGCACCAGCAUGGGAAGUCCAUGCUCGACGGCUUCUACUGGGACAUGGUCACGCAGGUGUUCGGAACAGUGGAGUUACCGGACAAGCCAAUCAUGCUCCCACCUUUCGUGGAGGCAACGCACUGCCUCGGCUACCACCUGACUCGCAAGGGCCGCGCGGUCGCCGAUCGGGUCGUCUCCGUGCUAGGCUAUGCCUGCCCCGACAUCACGUACAGCCCCAGCCUUUAUCCCAUCACGGCUGCCCUGCUACACUUCAUGCCUGAGGAGGAAUGCUACCACUGCAUGGCGUCUCUGGUGGCGUCCAAGGAGAAGAUGUUCAUCACACAGACCAAGCUGCUGAACGAAGUCACGUGGAAAACGGUCAUGCAGAUAGCCAAGAAACACGCCAAGUCAGCGGCGCAGCACCUCUCGAGGCUAUCGGGCGCAAUCGGCCCGGAGCGGAUCUACGCUGACUGGCAGUGGUGGAUCCUCGCGGCGCUACCCUUCCCCCACCUCGUCAGGGUGCUGGACUGCUUCUUCCACGAGGGCAUCAAGGUGUUCUACAGGGUGGCGCUAGCGAUCUUGAUCCUAUUCCACAAGCACUCAACGAACCAGAGCUCGGACUGGUACGCCGAGGCGACCAAAAAUGGCGUCGACCACGCCAUCGACAAGUUCUGCAGAAACAUGCCGGCGUCGCCGACGAAGCUGCUGCGGACCGCGUUUAGUAUUAGGGCUUUAAGUUCACAGUACAUAUCCCGAGUGUUCAUAAAGACGGAGAUGACGCUAAAGUCUAAGCAGGUGAUCACGGGCUCGCGGCUCGUGCGCUCGCGCUCCUCCGACAACCUGCCCACCAGCCAGAGCCAGGUCAAUAUACAGAUGAUGUCGCACACCCUGACUAUACGUGAGAGCCCGCGUUCCUCCCAUUUGGCCCUGUGGUUCCCAUUCCCUAACGCGGUGUUCGCGGAUCAGAAACAGCACUCUUCAGAUCUGAGACAGAAGCUGUUCACGCUAUGGUCGUGGCUGCCGGUCCGCAUCACGAUGUACCAGCCCGUGCUGUUGUACACGACGGAGGAGCACGGCUGCUCGCUGACCACGUUCUACGUGCGCGUUGAGCACCACGAGCCCACGCUGCUCAUGAUCAAGACGUGCAACAACGAGGUGGGUAUUAUGUACACGACGGAGGAGCACGGCUGCUCGCUGACCACGUUCUACGUGCGCGUUGAGCACCACGAGCCCACGCUGCUCAUGAUCAAGACGUGCAACAACGAGGUGGGUAUUAUGUACACGACGGAGGAGCACGGCUGCUCGCUGACCACGUUCUACGUGCGCGUUGAGCACCACGAGCCCACGCUGCUCAUGAUCAAGACGUGCAACAACGAGGUGGGUAUUAUGUACACGACGGAGGAGCACGGCUGCUCGCUGACCACGUUCUACGUGCGCGUUGAGCACCACGAGCCCACGCUGCUCAUGAUCAAGACGUGCAACAACGAGGUGGGUAUUAUGUACACGACGGAGGAGCACGGCUGCUCGCUGACCACGUUCUACGUGCGCGUUGAGCACCACGAGCCCACGCUGCUCAUGAUCAAGACGUGCAACAACGAGGUGGGUAUUAUGUACACGACGGAGGAGCACGGCUGCUCGCUGACCACGUUCUACGUGCGCGUUGAGCACCACGAGCCCACGCUGCUCAUGAUCAAGACGUGCAACAACGAGGUGGGUAUUAUGUACACGACGGAGGAGCACGGCUGCUCGCUGACCACGUUCUACGUGCGCGUUGAGCACCACGAGCCCACGCUGCUCAUGAUCAAGACGUGCAACAACGAGGUGGGUAUUAUGUACACGACGGAGGAGCACGGCUGCUCGCUGACCACGUUCUACGUGCGCGUUGAGCACCACGAGCCCACGCUGCUCAUGAUCAAGACGUGCAACAACGAGGUGUUCGGCGCGUACUGCUCGACGCGGUGGUUCGAGCGCAACCAGAAGGACGAGCGCGGCAACCGGCAGGCGUACUUCGGCACCGGCGAGACAUUCCUCUUCAGUUUGCAUCCCGUCCGAGCCAAGUACCCCUGGGUGGGGACCUUGGAGGAUAAGGCGGAGGACGAGGGCAAGUCCCAUCAUGCGCUGACGCUCUUUAUGGCUGGAGAUAGCACCAUGAUCACCGUCGGAGGAGGUGACGGUCAAGCUAUCUGGAUGGACGAGAACAUCCGCUUCGGCAAGACGGACCGCUGCUCCACCUUCAACAACCCGCCGCUCUGCCCCUCCGGCGACUUCGAGAUCCGCGUGCUCGAGGUCUACGGCUUCUCCGGCGCAUAGACGGAAUCUCCAGGUCCUGACCCACCUGUGACGUCACCGACACGGAUAUGAUGCUCCUAUUUGUCUACGUGACCGCGUGAUAAAAACGUCCGUCUCAGGGUUUCCCACACCCAUCGACGCGGAAGCAAUAGCCGAUAGAAUUAAGCUUUAUGUGUACGUAAUAAGAGCGAACGCGACGUCGUCGGUCGUCGCGUCGUAAGACGUUGGCCGAGCCGUCUUUUUCGCGCUUAUUGCGUAGACAUUUUUUUUUCUAUUUUAUUGUGACAUUCAUCAAUUGAAAAUUUUCGAAUUGAGUUCUCAUACUUACAAAAUGGUAUAGCAGAGCGGUUGAAUCGAAAAUUAUUAUUCAUAUGGAAAACUGUGAAGACGUCACAGUAAACGGGAGGCCCGAUUUGUGUAUUGUCGUACCCCAAGUGUGAUAUAAAUGUUGUGAUCGUGUCACAAGGAGCGCCUGCCUGCAGGCGGCGAUUGACUACAUAGCGAUAUAUAUACAUAUAUAUAUAUAUACAUUGUAUUACUAAAAUCCCACGGAGAGACAUGCAUAAUGCAAAAAUGGUAUGUUUGGACUCUUAGAGCAAGUCUCUACAUGGGUGUUUAGCAUUAGAAUUAUUUCUACAAACAAAAAUGUGGCUUUCCAUCGCAGAGGGUCCUUGUGCUUCAGGUGUCCUUAUAAGGUCCUUUUUAUCUGAAAUUGCAACUGAAAUUCUGAUAGAAAGGUCCUUAUUGCACAUGAAGCGUAAGGACCCUUCUCUAUGGAAAGCCACAAAUAUUUCUUACUAUACCAUCGAAUCGUAUUCAAGCUAGUAUCACACUUCGUUCACUUAAAAUUUGAGUUUUAGUUGCAAUUGCAACCGCACGAGUGAGGUACGAGAUUGCUUAAGAUCAGAUUGACAUAAUCGCUAUGUAUUUGGUUGUCCGUCUCUUGCCGUAAAUAGACUGUGUAUUAGAUGUAUUACUAUAUUUAUUCAAGUGUAAUCUCCCCUAUCCCCUAACCUCACACGUACUAAUAAGACAAGUGUGUAGGCUAACAGAUCCGUUCAAAACAACGAAAGGGGCAAUUAGGUUGUUACGAUGUUUACUCGCGUAGAGUGUGUAAGUACAAAAGAUGUGUUACG